CGCAGGGCUGUGCGUUGAAGCCAUGAGUUGUGGUAGCAAAGCCGGCCCGAAGUUGUAGCUGAAGGCCUUGCUUGUUUCAACGCGAUGGGAGUUGGAUUGGCUGCGACUUCCUCUAGUAGCUUUUAAGCUUGCAAUCGCAAGCGUUUCGGCAGCGAAGUCCACACGUCCGCGCGGCGCAACUAUGUCAGCAGCACAGAGUGGCGGAGGAUAUCGCAUGUUCUUGGAGAACCAACGUACGCAGUAGGAGGCGGCCAAGUCGGUACGUCAGGAGCUUCGUUUUCCAGUGCUGCCGUAGAGUUGGCCGUGCAGAUUUUCGCACCAUCCACCAAGAAACGGGUGCUACAGUCAGCCAGCGGCGACGCGAGCAUCCACAGCAGUAGAGCCACUGCGCUUGGGUCUAAACUUGGAGGAAGUGGCGACAUCUGUCGACAACGAUAAGGAGGCCAUCGACGACGUGAGAAAGUCGUGAGAUUGCCGCCACCGGGGAGCGACUGCGUGAUGGUGUGGAACGAUACAAAGAAUAGUUACAGCCAAAACAGAUAUGGGCGCCGCCCUGCUGGUGGAACAAGCUGCAGCGGUGGACUUUAUGGCGCCCCCAGCUUGGAUUGUGCCGUGGUCAUUGACGCGUAGAAUGCUAUCGGAUUAGGGCACGGCCUCGGUGAUGACAGUACAGCAAUCCAAGCUGGGGAGUGAUGCGCGGACCGGUGCAGCAGCAGACGGAACAAGAAGAAAGCGCCAUAUUUUACGACGGGCCGGGCCGAUGGGGCGGCGCGUAGUCGGGUGGCGCCAGAGCUGGCUCGGGUGCUACUCGAAGCCCCAUUCCGGGAGUCCGUGCCUUGUCUCGGACACCAGUGCCAAUUCAAGCGGACAAUGCGGCCAUGCCGUUUGGGCCUUGGAACGCGCACGUGGGCCGUGA